AUGGCAAAACUUAUUUCAAUUGUUUUACUUGUUGUGGGAGUUGCAGUUUGUGCAACAGAAGCAGCUCGUUUGAGGAACUUUAGACAAUCAAAAUUUUCCGCUCGUCAGGAAGUGGAACCCGAACAAGAUGUUGCAGCUGUAACUCCAUAUCCUCCAGCUGGAAUAGUCCCUGAAGUGCGAUUCAAUUUGCCCAACGAACCUGCUGUUCUACCAGAAGAUCCAGAGAAGACCUAUUUGCCCCCAGACAAUCUAUUGCCACCAGCACAAACUUAUGGACCACCAGCUCAGACUUAUGGACCACCAGAAGUUGAAGCAGAAGAAGGCAAUGGAAAUGAUGCACCUUUAGCCGAUGAUGAUGAUGCAGCAGCUCAACAACCUGAGGAAGUACAAGCUGAUGAGCCUGUUGAAGAAGACAAUGUUGAUCCUGAAGCUGAAGAAGUUGUCAAUCCUCAAUUGGAACGUUUUGUUUUGGCAAGGAAUUUCCGUAGACCAGCAAAAUUGAGGGCUGCCAAAUUACAAGCACUUCCAGUUGCUGUUCGUCCAAGGUCUCAGAGAUUGAUUGCUCAGCCUGUUUAUUCAACCAAUGGAGCUUUGAUUGCUUAUAGAAUGUUAAGAGUUUAAUUUGUUUUUUUUUUUAAUAAUUUAUUUUGUUUAAAUGUUUUAUUGUUGGUAAAUUGAAUAAAUAAUUUUUUAAUAUUCUUUAACCCAAAUUAGAUAUUUUAAAUUUUCUAUAGGCAAUAUCGGUCUCCGAAUGUAAGAAAAAACCAAUGUUUGGAUGUAAGUAAUUCAGCACCUAGACCACCAAGAAACUUUUGGUUUUCAGUUUUGAAUAGGGGUUAAAAAUACAUUUCUUUUGAUGUCUCACUUGAUAGAUUUGGAGGAAAUUUUUAAAAAUUUGUUUUUUUUGCAAGGGAUUUUUUUCGAAAAAAAAAAAUGAUUUGUAUUUUGUUUUAGUGAAUGCAUAAGUUUCUUGAUUACGAACUCAUUUCUUUAAUUUAAAACCUGUUUCGAAACUUUGGUCAUAGUGGAGUAACUAAAGCUCAAAAAAUGGCAAUAUUAGGGAACCCGGCCGAACAGCUCUGAUUUUGAUGAUCUUUUUUUCAAACGUCGGUAAUUAAAAAUACUUUAAAGUCUAUAGAUUAAAAAUUGCUGCU